AUGCCCCUGAAACAAAGGAGAAGGCGGCCUGUGGAUGAUGACCCAGAAGAUGGCCUACCGUCUAGGCAGCGAGCGAAUCGCCGUGAUCCCGAUAAUGAUUUCGAUAACGACUCCGAGGAUGGGAUGGAUGUCGAUGGUGAGGCUGGCAGCAGUGCAGAUGAUCAGCUCGCCAAGAAGCUCGUUCGCUAUGCCUUAUCAUGCGAAUAUUCACGGACGCCCAUACGCCGUGACGGUAUUAAGGAGAGAGUUCUUGGCAACCAGGGGCGAUCUUUUAAAAGAAUUUUCGCGCUAGCACAAAAGCAAUUAAAACUUGUUUGGGGCAUGGAGCUCCGAGAGCUUCCAGUUAGAGAGAAAAUGUCCCUACAAGAGAAAAGACAAGCGAUGAAGUCAAAUUCACAGGCGAAAAUUGGAUCUGGCGCCUACAUUUUGACGUCAACUUUGCCAGACGAAUAUCGCAGUGCAGCCAUCAUAAAGCCGUCCAUAAUCCCUACCUCGGACGAUGAAGCAACAUAUGUUGCGUUCUAUACACUGGUUGUGUCGUUCAUCUGGCUAAAUGGCGGCGAACUAAGCGAACAGAAACUGAAUCGAUAUCUUAUUAGUUUAAAUGCCGACCAGAAUGUCUCAAGUGAGAAGACGGAAACGACGCUGAAGAAAAUGGAAAAACAUGGCUAUGUCAUAAAGAGGGUAGAACGCCCACCGCUCGGCCAAGAUGGCGAGCAAACCAUUACAUGGCAUGUUGGGCCUAGGGCAAAAGAAGAAAUUGGGCUGGAUGGUGUACGUGGAUUGGUGCGAGAGUUAUACGGGGGAUCAUCAGAGGAAUUGGAGAAAAAGCUGAACGCUAGUCUUGGCAUAAAGGAGUCGCCAACGACGAGGGAUGAAGGAAAUGAAGAGGAAACGAGGGGAGAAUGA